AUGUCCUUCCUCUUCGGCCAAAGCAGGCCGCAACCCACGUCCGCCCAAAAACUCGAAGCAGCAGAGGCGGAGAUCGAAAUGGUCUCCAACAUGUUCAACCAACUAGUCGACACGUGCACGAAAAAGUGCAUCCCUCCCGAGUACCGCGAAAACGACCUGAACAAGGGCGAGUCGGUGUGCUUGGAUCGCUGCGUGGCGAAAUUCUUUGAGGUUAAUGUCAAGGUGUCGGAGAAAAUGCAGGGAGAGGCGGCGCAGAGGGGUGGG